AUGCCAGGCAGAACAAUACCCUUCCACCAAGGCGAACUCGCCCUCCACGAGCAGCUCAAAAUCCCCCGCCACAGAGCGAACCCCACAUCCGCGGGCCUCCCGCCCUCCUACGGCAACCGCAUCGCCGCCGCCCCGCUCCUGGCCCUCGGCACCCUCGAUGCCGAACGCCGGCCCUGGACGACGUUAUGGGGCGGGGAGGCGGGCAACGUGGCGAAGCCGAUUGCGGAGGAUGUGCUUGGUCUCAGGAGCGUGGUUGACGUUGUUGAUGAUCCAGUGUUUAGGGCGCUUUGGGGGGCUGAAGGUGAGGUACAUGAGGAGGAGCAGCAUUUGCAAGAGGUUAUCCAGCCUGGGAGGGGCCCGGAUGGAGGGAAACUCGUCUCUGGGCUGGCCAUCGACCUCACGACGCGGGAUCGUGUAAAGUUUGGGGGCAGGAUGGUGGCCGGGGCUGUUACAUUCCCCUCGGAUGGUGAUGCUGCCGCUGAGGACCGGAGCUCUCCUUCCGCCUCCUCUGAAGUACAAAUCGCGGUACACGUCGAAGAGAGUCUGGGAAACUGCCCCAAGUACCUCAACAAAAAGGACGUCAUCCCGCGGGCGUCGCUCGUCAAGGGCAGGGUGGAGCGGGAGUUGCCGCUGUCUGAGGAGGCUGUGGAGGUUGUGCGCGGGGCGGAUAUGCUUUUCCUCACGAGCGGACACGAGGAGGGAGGGGAUGAUGGCGGUAGUAGCGGUAGCGGUGGUGAUAGCAGCAGUAUGGAUACGAACCAUCGGGGAGGCUCAAGGGGGUUUGUGAGGGUUGCGAGGAACGGUGAGGGUGGCGUGGAGAUUCUCACGGGAUCAGCAUCAAUACUCGUAGGACAAGAUGCGGCAAACUACCUCCCGCGCACGAAACUCGCCGUCAAAAUCACCGUGUCGGCCGCGGUCUAUGUACAGUCCGGCCUACCCUUCUCCGGCACCCCGCUCGAGCCGUCGCCGUAUAAUCCGCCCGUGAGACCGCUCUUCUCCGAACAGCAGCAUGUCCUGAGCUCGGCUGGGGAGAGUACAAGAACGGCCACGCUGCUACGCCGCGAGAUCAUCACGCCGACGAUUGCGCGGUUCGUCUUUAGCCUGGAGCCCGCGGCGCAGUGGGAGGCGGGCCAGUACGUCACGUUUGAUUUUGCGGAGGAGCUGGAUGUUGGGUGGAGUCAUAUGCGCGACGACGAGCCACAGAGCCUGAAUGAUGAUUAUGUGAGGACGUUUACGGUUUCAAGCCCGCCUGGUGACAAUGGAGGGAAGGAGUUUGAGAUUACGGCGAGGAGGAACGGUCCGGUUACGAAUUUGUUGUGGAGGUGGAAUCUGAGGGUUCCGUUGGAGGUUCCUGUGCUUGGGUUCGGCGGCGAAGAGGCGUUUAGGAUGGGUGGGAGGGGGAAGAAGGGUGACGACGAUGUUGAAGAGGUGUUUGUUGCUGCUGGUGUUGGGAUUACGCCUUUGAUUGCGCAGGCUGGUGGUGUUUUGGAAGCUGGGGUAAGGAUGAAGGUAUUGUGGACUGUGAAGGGAGGGGAUGUGAAGCUGGUUAGGGAUGUUGUUGGGAGGAUUCCUGGGUUGGCUGGUGUGCUGAGGGUGUUUGUUACGGGUGAGGUUGGGGAGGCGGAGGAGGCAAUGUUACGGGAGUUUGAAGGGCUUGGGGCUGUUGUUGAGACGAGGAGAAUCAAGGCUGGCGAUGUGAAGGAUGGCGGUAUCAAGAGGAGAUACUUUUUGUGUACUGGACCGGAGAUGCUCAGGGUUUUGAAUAAGUGGUUGGAAGGCGAGGAUGUGGCAUUUGAGGACUUUGCUUUUUGA